UCCUAACGAAAAAAAAAGAUCACUGUACUUUUGAUCACGAAAUGCCCAACAGUUGUUGACGAUGACGAUGUUGUUGCAUUGAAAGAUCGUUGCAUUCAAAGAGAUGCUUCGAUUUCUGGUGUUGGGCUAUUCAUGAAAAUGUAGGACAACGGGACACAUGGCUCCAUUCUUUUCUGGCUUCCUUUGUCUUCUAGGAUGUAAGGCCAACGGGAAAACGCGGGAAAAACUUUCAACUUGCAUCUGAAUAGAUAGACAGAAGUAACUCUAUGCCACAUGCUUUGAUAUGUGUCACAACGUGGCAUGUAAUAAUUGAGCUACUGCAAGUCGGGUUGCUGCUGGGGUUUUUCUUGGUUCGAAUUUUGUAAAAAGCGUUCAAAGUGUGGGAUCCAAAGGCAACGUGCCACAUGGCGACGCCGUGGGAAGAGCCUCCUCGAAGCGUAAAUCGGAAGCAUGUGCUAAGCUAUCCGUCAUCAAACACGGUCUUUGAGUUCCUAGUUUCCCCUUUGCUUAAUAUUAAAACAAGAGAUUUGAGCGGUCAAGUUCAGGGAAUGACGAGAUUGUUCAUGUCUAUGCCAAUUGCUAUGCAUUACUUGAUUUAGAUUUGUAUAUGGAAAUUGCCACCAUAAGUAGUAGUACUUCUAAACAUUUGUAUCUACCAGUGACGGUUUAUCUUGUCAAUUGGUCAAACUUCAUUUGUAAUGAAUUAGAAUAGCUCCAUUAGAAACUGGAAUUAGGGGGAAUUUCCCAGAAAUCACAAGACUUUGCCAUUGAAUUGAAGAAAUUUGUUUAACCAGUGGCAGUAGAUUAGAUAAAAUUGUGAUUUGUGAGAGUCAAAAGAGACAGAAGACACUUUUGUCUUUAUCAAAACAGAAUGGCCUGGCCUUUAACUCGACCUCAAUUUUCCCUUGUCUAAACCCUUUUUGUAACUUGUUUUCUUCAGCCUGGUGGAACAUGAUUUUGACUUUUCAACAACUUUUCCUGUUUAAAAAGGAGAAAUCAAAGCCAGAGAUAAAAAUAAUUCCUGCAAAAAAAAAAAUCACAUGGUAACAUCACACAGAUUGGUUGGGAAUUUUUAAGGUAAUUAUGAUUAACAUGUUUACUGGUUUCUAACUUCUGAGCCAUUAAAACAGUUACUAAUGCUUUUCACUUUAGACAUUCCUGAAGGCAGAAGCUAUAAUAAUAUGUACAAAUAUAUGUAAUCUAAUCCAAUCAAAAUUACCAUUUUCCCCGUUCCAACACCAAAACAGGUUAAAAACUACCGUACUGAUAAAAAGGCCAAAAUAGCACAAAAACCCAAUCUUCAGACAUACCACUCUCCAUUGUCCAAACUCCUUUCUCUUUCUUCUUCUUUUCCUUGAACCAAAUAUGGGAGUAGCCAACAACAUAACAGCAGUUCUCAACUUCGUAGCACUCAUAUGCUCCAUCCCCAUCAUUGCAGCUGGCAUCUGGCUAGCCCAAAAGCCUGACAACGGUUGUAUCCACCUUUUCCGAUGGCCUGUCGUUCUCCUUGGCUUCCUCAUCCUCUUCGUCUCCCUUGCUGGCUUCGUCGGUGCCUACCGGUACAAGGAAACACUCCUGGCCUUCUAUCUUUGUUGCAUGGCCAUCCUCAUAGGUCUCCUCCUCAUCCUGUUGGUCUUUGCUUUCAUAGUUACAAGGCCUGAUGGGAGCUACGAUGUGCCUGGAAGGGGUUACAAGGAGUAUAGGCUCGAUGGGUACUCAAGUUGGCUUAGAAACCACGUAGUUGACUCCAAGAGCUGGAAUAAGAUCAGGGCUUGUCUAGCUGACACCGAUGUUUGUCCUAAGUUGACUCAAAAAUAUAUCACUGCUGAUCAAUUCUUUGCCGCUCAUAUCUCUCCUCUUCAGUCAGGAUGUUGUAAGCCUCCAACAGUAUGUGGCUACACUUUUGUGAACCCAACUUUGUGGACGAGCCCAGUGAACCCAACUGGAGACCCUGACUGCUAUCUAUGGAGCAAUGACCAAACCCAACUCUGCUAUAACUGCAACUCAUGCAAGGCUGGUCUGCUGGGGAACCUGAGGAAAGAAUGGAGGACAGCCAACAUAAUUCUCAUUGUGGCAGUGGUGGUACUGAUAUGGGUCUAUAUCAUUGCCUGCAGUGCCUUCAAGAAUGCCCAAACGGAGGAUCUCUUCCGCAGCUACAAACGGGGUUGGACUUAAAAAAAAAACAAAUAAAAAUCUUUGGAAACCUCAAUUUUCCGAUUCUCAUUGGAAUUUGGUUAGUUUUUCUAUUUUUUGUUAUCUUUUUGUUGAAUGGGUCUGUUGUCAGUAAUGUCGUGCAUAUAUUCCAAUGUUCUGUUUUUAUCUAGAAAAUGUAUGGACCGACAGUGAGGAAAGGCCAAAUGAGGUUUCAAGUGCUUA